GCAGAUUUGCAUGCAUAUGCACCUUGUCCUUACUAGUAGGAACAAGUGCCACGCUACUAGUAACAAGUGCCUUGCUAGUAGUAACAAGAAGAAACAUGUAGAUCCAAGAGACGCACAGGGCGACUCAUGAGCCACUCAGGAAGAGGCCCUAGAUUUGAUCGAAGACAUGAAGAGGCAAGGGCCGCAACCUACAGACUUCGCCUUUUCGGCGAUGAUGAGGGGCUUGGGCCCUGAACACUGGGAAGACGCCCUUUUGACGCUGCAGGAGAUGCCGUGUCAGUGGGAUGCUGUCUCAGUGGGUGCCACUGUGGCUUCCUGUGUGGAAGCCUGGGAGUGGGCGACAAUGAUUGCAACACAAAGGAGGUACGACCUCAGACCCAAUGCCAUCACUUGUAGUUCUUUGAUCCACACCUACGAGAGUGCCAGUCGGUGGGAAGCUGCCAUGAUUGUGGUGGAGAGGACAUUGGGCAACGUGGUGGCACUUGCCGCUGCCUUGAGCACAUUGGAAAAGCAGAUCACUCGGUGGAAAGAGGCACUUGGGCUGCUAAACUCACAUCAUCGAAGAAGGACCCAGCUGAACAUCGUUGCCUGCAGUGCGGCCAUCUCUGCGUGCGCGGCAGGCAAAGCAAGCAGCUGGCAUGCAGCGUUCUGGCUCUUCGAGGGGCUGCGGCCAAGCUCGCUACAGCCCAACUUGGUGACAUUUGGUGGUUGUUUGACAGCCUUACAGCAGAUGGCACAAUGGGAAAGAUCCUUGCGAACCUCGGACACCUUUUCAAGGGAUGUGCCUGCCUAUGGUGCCCAAGUGGCGGCGUGCGCCAUGUCGCGGCGCUGGGUCGAGGUCUUGUGGCUCUUGAAAGACCUGAAGAAGCACAAGCUAGAAAAGGAUGCCUGGAUGCAACAAUGGACGGUCUAUGCGCUUGGUUCCGACAAAGGCCAAGCUUGUGGAGGCGUGGAAAUGCUCUCUGCAUACCAGGCCGAGCAGAUGCUGAGAGCGACGCAGCGCACCCCCCGUAACAAAAAGGGACGACGGCGGACAUGGCACACUUUGUAA